AUGCACAUGAUUGUGCCGAGUCCUGGAUCACCGCCCGGCAUGAGCUCCUCGAAAUCUUCCAAGACUUCAUCUGUCCAAUCUUUCGGCUCAGAUGACGAUAACAGCGUCUUGGCUGACGCCGGACAUUUCGAAGAGAUCGGCCUUGACGACGAUACAAUUACUAUUGACAACGCCCAUUCUCGUGAUAUCAAUCAACCCAAGCCAAGCCCGAACCCUUACAGCGCAUCUUUCACGACCGAUCUGCGUGCCCAUUCCACGAAGCACAAUGGUCCCAAAAUACACCCUGCACAUUCUGUUAGUACCCGAGAGCUGGCACGACCCAAAUCUCAAAGGGACAUCACGGCCACGCAAAUGAACCGACCGAGGUUCCCAGCUAUCCGAACACAGUUCAGGGAUACUACUACGCAAGGUCUUAGCAGUAUUGGACCACAACCUCAUACCAAACCUUCACCUAUCCGUAGUCUGUCAGCACGCUCAGCGUCGGCAGCAGGCGCCAAUCGGCGCCAUCGAAGCCCCAGCCCAAAUUUAUCACUUCGUUCUCUCAGUCCCAGAGAUCCUAACAUUGUACCGAAGCCGCGUAGGGGUAGUUGGCAGUCUACAUUGGAACGCAAGUCAGCAAUCGAGCUGGAGAAAGAGUGCGACGAUGAUGACGACAACAUCCCGGAAGGCUUCAUCCUCGACAAUGUUCCCAUUUCUCCUCGGCCGCCUGUCGAGCGCGCGUCAAGCCGACCAGUUUCUGCAGCAACAUCCCCAGAACGUCAGCCAAAAGAACGAGUGCGCAGUGUCGGAAACGGCACACCAGCCAUCGCAGCCGCACAAGGAUCCUUGCGCUCUCCUAGUUGGAGAUCCGAAGCAUCGUCGAGCGACUCUAUAAAGUCUCCAGGUUUGCCUCCUCUCAAGGGCCGAGCCAAGAGCUGGAACUCUGCCCUGUCCGAGCUUAGCGCCGAGGCCAAGGCUUUGACGGAGAAGCUGGAGGAACAUGCUGACGAGCUGGAUAAGAACGGUUCUGUACUCCCACGUCCUGCUCCCAAACCACGGGUCAAAUCAGCACUAGCAGAACUUCCUCCGCUCCGCAGGACUAAUAUCAUGAUUGAUCCCUUGCCUGUUUCGAAAGAGAAAGAAGCCGUUCUUUCUCGUACUCGUCCUUCAUGGUUGCCACCCAAGGAUCCAGCAGAGGAGAAGAGGCAUCUGAGAGAAUAUCAGAGGAUGAUGGCUAACAGCAUUGGGGCGGAUAAGCGCCGCCAAGCAACCAGAAGGGAAAAGGAAAAGAGUAAGGAUACCAUGGCGAGCAAUUUGACACGUAUUUGGGAAGAGGAUGUACUGAGCAGAUGGAACGAAGCCAUUCGGGAGCGACGAACUCGUGAGCUGUGGUGGAAAGGCGUGGCUCCACGCGCAAGGGGCAAUGUUUGGUCGCAAGCCAUCGGCAAUGAGCUUGGCUUAACUGAAACAAGUUUUCAGGCUGCUCUGAAUAGGGCACAAGAAGUGGAAGCCCGCAUCGCUGAAUGCAAGGCAACCACCGAGGACGAGCGAAAAGCAGAAUGGUUUCAGAAGAUCAGAAGCGACGCUGAGGGCAAGACUUGGGGCGAGCUGAACAUGUUUCAAGCUGGUGGUCCGUUGCAUCAACCACUGGUGGAUGUGCUCAGUGCAUAUGCCAUGUACAGGAGUGACAUCGGUUAUGUGAACGGUUGCAAUACUAUUGCUGCCAUUCUGCUCCUGAACCUGCCAUCGACUACCAUGGCCUUUAUCGCUCUUGCGAAUGUGCUCAACCGCCCCCUUCCCCUCUCGUUUUACGCCUCAGACAGCGGCGCCAAGGCUUCAGCAUACAACCUACUUCUCCAAACGCUGUCUUCCAAGACACCCCAGCUCCAUAAGCAUCUCACCAAAUCAGAACUCGCUUUGGACCCUGAGGAUUAUCUUUUGGGGUUAUUUACUGCGUUGUUCACACAACACUUGUCGCUUGACGCGUGCACACGGUUAUGGGAUGUUUAUGUGUUUGAAGGGGAUGCUGUUCUCGUCCGGGCCGCCGUGGCGCUGCUCAUGGAGCGCGAAGGCGCGUUGCUUUCAACCACUAGCUGCACCGACAUUCUACAAGUCCUUGCUAGUGGCGGCCAGAAGACCAAUCAGGGGCGGGAGGAGAACUGGAUGCAACGCGUCCGCGAAGCUGGCAAGGCUUGA